UGUGGUGAUUCCCAGCCUCAGUCUGCUCUGGCUCUGUGAGAGGAUGGCUGUCCGGCUGUUUGAGGGAAAAGAACAUGCUUCCUCAUACUGGAGGUACAGAGUGGCACCAUCUGAAGAGCUUCUCAACAAGGUCCUGGGCUUUCUGAAGAGAAAUACGGACUCUCCGUGUUUGGAGCUUGCAGUGGAUGUGGGCUGUGGGUCUGGUCAGGGGACCGUCUUGCUGGCACAGCACUUCACCAAGGUGGUGGGAACAGACAUCAGCCCUGCCCAGCUGGAGCAGGCAGUGAAGCACAGCAGUGCCCCCAACAUCUCUUACAGGGAGUGUCCUGCUGAGGAGCUGCCCUUUGAAGAUGGCACAGUCGAUCUUGUGACUGUCAUGUCUGCAUUCCACUGGUUCGACCACUCCCGCUUUCUUCAGGAAGCUGACCGGAUACUGAAGCCCAGGGGCUGCCUGGCUAUUCUGAACUACAGUUUGGACAUAGAGCUCAGCUACGGAGACUGCACCGAGGAACUGAAGAAGAUAAGCCGUGAGUAUCAUGACAUCUUGCAGUCUCACAGACACGCUUACCUCGGCCCUGGCUCCAAGGUGUUGUAUGAGCAGACCUAUAACUCCCUCUCUUAUCCAGUCAAGGAAUGGGUGCCCUGUUUUUGGGUGAGGCAGAUCGUCCCUCUCUCUAGAUACUUAGGCAUGAUGGAAUCAUUCUCCUGCUUCCAGUUACUCUUACAGAAAGACCCAGAGGCAGCACACCGACUGUCUCAGGACAUGACUCAGAGACUCCUGUCUGCGAUGAAAGUGACAUCCACAGAAACAGAGGUCACCAUGGGGGUUUGCUACUUUUAUUUUCAGGCCUGCAAGCCCUCUGCUGAGUGAUUUUCAGAUUACAGGAUACUCUUGUGUUUGGUGUCGGGUCAGUGUCAAAAAUUGCGAGCAGAGAAACCUUCCUCACACAAGGAAAUAAUCACCGUUUAUUUCGUAAGAAAUUAUAUUAUGUGCAUGCAAAACCAUUCAUGCAAGAGCAAAGAGAAUAUGUCGUGCAGUCAGUACUCGGUCACAGUUUUGACAGUAUGAGAAGAACCUACAUAUGAUUGGUUAAUGCUGUUUUCUGGAUCUCACUUGUAAUUGGCUGUCUGUCAGUACUUGUGUUAAAGGCUCUUUCUGUAUUAAAAAAAAAAAACCUUUGACAAACUCCUGUCAACAUCUGAAAUGCACUAUUACUAGAAUAUCUGCCUGUACACACCCAAUUCUACCUUAGUAAAUGUUCUAAUCAGUAUUAAUCUGCUACUCUUAGUGACACUGGUUGCAAAAGUAUUCAUACCUCUUUCACAUUUUGUCAACAUUUAAGCUUACAACCACAAGCGUAAAUGUAUUUUAUUAUUAAUAAGUGAUAGAUCAUCAUAAAGUAGCACAUAAUUGUAAAGCGGAAUACAAGUGAUAAAUGGUUUUCAAAACUUUAAUCAAAUAAAAAUCUGAAAUGAAUGAUGUGCAAAAGUAUUAAGCCCCAUAUGAAUGCUUAGUAGAGGCACCUUUUGCUGCAAUUACAGCUGCAGGUCUUUUGGGGUGUGUUCUUUCUUCUUUCUGCAAAAUAUCUCAAGCUCAGCCAGGUUGGAUGGAGAGUGUCUGGUAACAGCAAUUUUUAUUUCUUUAUUUCUGUUACUCUCCAUGUUCUUAAUAAAGAUGUGAAAUGGGA